UCCAGUGAUUACUCUCCGCCUGAUGCGAUCAGCAUCAGUCUGUCGGUGACCAGCGCUUAGACGGGAGGCAUUUGGCCGUGCUCUCUGUGAUCAACUUUGUGGCGAGAACUUGGUGUGAGCGGACCGCGAGGGAGUGUGGUCCCGCAGACGGUGUUAGUGAGGGGCAGUGUGAGGCCGCAGUGAUGGAGAUCAGGGUGGAAUGUGUGGCCAGGAUGGAGGACAGUGAUUCCCCUUCUUCGCCCCGCGAGAACAGGCCGGCGAGCCCCUGUGACAGUGAGAUCAGUGUGGGAUGCGAGGGCGAGGCGCGCGAGGAGCAGCCUUCGCCCAUGGACAUGACCACCACACACGCCGAAACCUCCACGGAGGACGACGAGGAGGAGGAGACGGAGCCGCACUCGCCGUCCACGUCGCGGGGCGCUCCGUCGCCCACCUUGUCGUCGGGGUCCCUACACACGGAGUCCUUCACCUACCUCUCAGACGACGAGUACUUCAGACCUCUCAAGAGAUUAGCGAUGUCGGGGACGUCGCCGCCUCCCCACCACCACGCGGCGCCGCAGGCCUCGCCCUUGAGGGAGGCCGAGCCCGAACCUUCGUCGCCGCCCUCGCCGCACCACCAGCAGGAGCCGCAGCCGGAGCAGGACGAGCCGCAGGUCGUCGUAGGGCGCGGGGACGUGGCUGCCGCGGCGGUGGACCAGAAGCAGGCGGCGGGACUCCGGUCGUUCUCCAUCCUCGACAUCCUCUCGUACAAGCCUUCCCGUCGGAAGUCCUCCGUGCCCGUGAAGAUCGUGAGGCCCUGGGACACGCGGGAGGAGGGCGGGCCGGCGGAGGGCGCCCCCAAGACCAGCCAGAGCGAGAAGAAGAGCGGCAACAACGACAAGGGAAGCGCCCUUGACGCCCUCUUCAAGAUGACCAAUAAGACACUCGAUAACCUCAACAAGGACGACAAAGCCGAUUCCGUGAACCUCUUCAACAACAGACAGCCGCCCAAGAAGAAGCGGAAGAGCCGGACGGCGUUCACCAACCACCAGAUCUUCGAGCUGGAGAAGCGCUUCCUGUACCAGAAGUACCUCUCGCCCGCCGACAGGGACGAGCUGGCGCAGAGCCUCGGCCUCAGCAACGCGCAGGUGAUCACGUGGUUCCAGAACCGGCGCGCCAAGCUCAAGCGAGACAUGGAGGAGCUCAAGCGCGACGUCGAGUGCACGAAAGUCAUCUCCUCCAACAAGACCCUGCUGGAGGCCUCCGUGAACGUCGCGGCGCUCCUGAAGGUCAAGGAAUUCCCGAGGAUACCGAUCACCUCCUUGCCGCACUAACAGGGGGCAGGGGAAGGUUGUGUCAUGGUGUACGACCUUCUUAUUUAAGGUCGUGGUUGCAGAUGUCGGCGAAGGAGAAAGGACAACUCUCUCUAUAUCGUCACGUGUGAAACUGUGUGCGUACGUGUGUUUGUCGUAUUCGGUUCGUGUAUACAUCUGUGUAUGUAUACUUGUGUAAGUGUGUGUGUGUGUGAGAAUGUGUGCGUCUCAGUGUUUACCAAGAAACCUCCCAGUCGUGCGAAUCCAGUCGGAUGCAUUGAGAAGAGUUAAUAUAAUUUUCAUCACCGUCUGUCAUUGAAGAAAGAAGUCAUUCUUAUAUCACGAAGCCCGUCGCGUUGUUUGCUCUGAUGACGUCAUGAUGUGCGUCACCGAACAGCUGUUGUCGUCGCCUCUGCCUCCGCCUCUGCCUUCUUGAAUUUCAAUCCAAGAACAAAGCAAAAACAUGAAGUGCAAAUGGAGUCUACGUCGCAACGAACAGCUGCUUCGAGACAAACGGACAAGACAGGAGAAGAAGAGAAUCGAGCAGGAAAGGAAGGCACCUGUGUCACGCCUCCCUCGGGGCAGCGGCGUCUCCAUCUCCGGCAGACAAACGUGUUGGCGACGUGUUGGAAAAUGGCGUCAUCAUUUCCAUUUUAGAUACAGUAUCAUCGUCUUAGUCAUCGUCAUCUAUUAUUUUCGCUUGCAUUUUCAUCGGGCUGAAGAGGACAAAAGGAAGAAUUAGACAACGACGAAAUUAUGAUAAAUUUGGAAUUGCGAGAGAUGUUGCAUGUUGUAAUGUUAAAGGAUUUUUUUCCGUGAUUCUAA